UCCAAUCAAACGGACAGAGCUGAGAAUUGUCUUUUUAGCCAUCCAAUCCAUAACAAGGUUUCUUUCACGACUAACAUGGCAGAAAUUGAUAUUAAAAGAAAAGGGUAAGCAAAACUUGGAUGCUUCAAAGUAUUGGGAAAACUUAAGAUCCACUAAGCUUUUAAGUCGUGGUAUAAUAACCUGAGAUUGUAUCGAUUGCAAUGCCACUACAACACUAAUCCAAGCUCAUUUCUUUGGCCAAUCAAGCGGACGGCAUUCCUGGAACAGCAACUGCAGGGGACGUUUAACAUUUGGAAGUUUAAAAUUGUCAACUCCCCAAAUGAUUAAAGCCCAUAAAGCCUACCCAAAAUCCGUUACUCUUUUCUUUACCUUCUACUCGUUCAUCAUCUUAUGUCUAAAACCCUUCUCUCUCGCAUCAAACCUCUCCACACCCCUAAACGAACUCCUCCUUCACCGUUUCGCGUCCCUCUCCACCUCAAAAACCUUAUCAAUGAAACCAUCCAAAUCCUCAAAACCCACCCACAAUGGCCAGAUUCCCUGGAAACCCGUUUCUACGACAAAGAAACCCGCGUUUCGGAGAUUGCCCAUUACGUGUUUGAUCGAAUACACGACGUAGAAUUAGGUAUAAAGUUUUUUGAUUGGGUCUCUAAACAAGAACCCCAGCAUUUUCCCCUCAAUGGGUUGGCUUAUUCUUCAUUUUUAAAGCUCCUAGCGAGGUUUAAACUGUUUUCCGAGGUUGAAACCGUGCUGGAGAACAUGAAAAUUGAAGAAAUAAAGCCUACCCAUGAGGCUUUAAGCUUUAUUAUUCGCGUUUACUCGGAUUGUAGCCUUGUUGAUAAAGCUCUUGAACUGUUUUAUUCUGUGGUUAAGAUUUAUAACUCUGUUCCUAGUCUUUUUGCUUGUAAUUCGUUGCUUAAUUCACUUGUGAAGUCAAAGAAAGUUGAGAUGGCCCGCAAAGUGUUUGAUGAAAUGGUUGUAGGAGAUGGCUGUGUGGAUAAUUAUAGUGUCGGUAUAAUGGUGAAGGGUUUAUGUAACAUAGGGAAGGUUGAGGAAGGUGAAAAAUUGAUUGAGGAUAGGUGGGGAAAAAGGUGUGUUCCGGAUGUUGUCUUUUAUAAUACAUUAAUUAAUGGGUAUUCCACUAAAGGUGAUGUUGAAAGAGCUAAUGAGCUUUUCAAGAAGUUGAAAAUGAAGGGGUUUUUGCCUACAUUAAUGACUUAUGGAACUAUGAUAAAUGGGUUUUGUAAGAAAGGGGAUUUCAAGGCAGUUGAUAGGCUUUUGCAAGAAAUGAAAGAGAUGGGUGUGCCUGUUAAUACUCAAGUUCAUAAUACUAUUAUUGAUGCUCAAUAUAAGCAUGGUUUUGAGGUUAAAGUGACAGACACUAUAAAGCAGAUGAUUGAGAGUGGAUGUGAACCUGAUAUUGUUACGUAUAACACUUUGAUUUGUGGUUUAUGUAAGGAUGGGAAGGUUUGGGAAGCUGGUCAGCUUCUGGAACAGGCAAAGAAGAGGGGAUUGAUACUGAAUACGAUUAGUUAUACCCCUUUGAUACAAGGCUAUUGCAGAGUAGGGGAAUAUUUGGUGGCACAGGAUUUGCUUAUUGAAAUGUCAGAGAGAGGAUAUAAACCUGAUUUAGUUGCUUUUGUAGCUCUUGUCCAUGGACUUGUUGCAACAGGAGAGGUGGAUGCUGCAUUAACAAUUAGACACAGGAUGGUUGAAAGGGGAGUUGUACCUGAUGCUGGUAUAUAUAAUGUUUUGAUGAAUGGACUUUGUAAGAAAGGAAAAUUUUCUGCUGCUAAAGUCCUCCUCGUCGAGAUGCUUGACCAAAAUGUACCCCCUGAUGCUUUUGUUUAUGCCACUCUGGUCGAUGGGUUCAUCAGAAAUGGCGACCUUCAUGAUGCAAAGAAACUCUUGGAAACCAUGAUUGAAAAAGGCAUGGAUCCUGGUGUUGUGGGAUACAAUGCCAUGAUUAAGGGUUUCUGCAAAUUUGGAAGGAUGAAGGAAGCACUGGCAUGCGUCAGUAGAAUGACAGAAGCACAUGUCACCCCAGAUGAGUUCACUUACUCUACAAUUUUAGAUGGUUACAUAAAGCAGCAUGACAUGGGUGGUGCAUUAAAGAUUUUUGGACAGAUGGUGAAAAGAAAAUGCAAGCCCAAUGUGGUGACAUACACCUCUCUGAUCAAUGGAUUUUGUCGAAGUGGAGAUUUCAAUACGGCUGAACAAGCUUUUAUCACGAUGCAAUCUUGUGGUUUGGUGCCUAAUGUAGUCACAUACACUAUACUUAUUGGGAGCUUUUGCAAGGAAGGUAAACUUGCAAAAGCAGUCUUCUAUUUUGAAUUGAUGCUGUCUAACAAGUGCAUGCCAAGUGAUGUUACUUUCCAUUAUCUUGUAAAUGGCUUCACAAAUAAUCCAAGUGCAAUUCUGGAUAGUCAGUCUUUGGAGAAUAAAUCUCUUUUUCUUGAAUCUUUUAAUAUGAUGAUAUCUGAUGGAUCUGCUCGAGGAGCUGCUGUUUAUAACUCUAUCCUCUUCUGCCUUAGCCAAAAUGGAAUGACUAGAACUGCUUUGCAAUUAAAGGAGAAGAUGUUGAAUAAGGGCUUCAUUCCUGACCCUGUUUCUUUUGUUGCCUUUCUACAUGGCAUUUGCUUGGAGGGAAAAUCAAAGGAAUGGAGGAACAUAAUCUCCAAUGAUUUAAAUGAACAGGAGCUUCAAACUGCUUUGAAGUACUCGCAACUUUUGAACCAAUAUCUACCUUAUGGAAUAACUUGUGAGGCAUCACUUAUUUUGCAGAACUUGAUUAGAAACUGCAGCUACGAAAACCAAAAGGAAGAUCUCAAAGUCUCUAUAACAUAGAGGAGGAAAAGUCCCAAGUAAAACACCUCCUCUGGGUUUACUAGAAAGACAUAUGGAAAUGAAAAUAAUACUUAGUUGGCUUCAAAGGUGAAUUGCUGGUCCUAAAUGAGGUAGAGGUGGGUGGUUAACUGCCACUUUCACCUGAUCACUCAAUGAGUAUAUGGAGAACAUUUUUUUGGCUGACCUUGGGAAUCAUUUUAGCUCCAAAGCAACAAAUAAUGACAUGGUGUAAAUCAGGUGGGUGAACUAUACUUACAUUCUAUCAAAGCAAUUAUGUCCAGCGAGAGAUUCUGGAGCAGAAUUGACUUGGAGUAUGUGAUGAAAGGUGAUUUACGUAUAUAUAACCGUGCAUUGGGCUGUAUGUGACGGAAUUCAACAAAUUCCAGGUCAUUUUUUUUAUAGUUUUGAUUUUGGGAAUUGCAAGUCAAGAAGAUGCCUCCUCUUCUUUUUCAAGUGUUAAAAACAUAUUAAUUUGCUAUCAAACUAUGAGCUUGGCUGGAUCUUGUGUUGGGACCUCAUGAAGAGAAGGCUCUCGGGCAGAACUUUGAACCUAACAAAUGGUUUCAUAGCUGGGUAUGGAGUUUGAUUUGGCUAGGUCCUCCCCCCCCUCCCCCCGGGCCGUGUUUUUCGUUAACCAAUGGCUUUUGUUCUUGGUUAUCAAAUAUCUGAAGAUGUAAGGAUUUUUUAUUUGUAGAUAUCAAAAAUCUGAAAAAAAAAAAAAAAGUAUCAUUUGCUAGUGUAAAAGCUAUCAUCAGUGUCCUAAAUCACAUCCAAUCCAAGGAUCAAAUUUUAGGUUAAAAAUGAUCUGAAAAAUGCAACAUUAAUUCCUUCUUGUACAAGUAUCCUAGAAAAUAAUCCAUCGUGCAUCUUAGAGCAUAUAACUUCAAUGUUGUUUUAUAUAACAAAGGUAACUGAAUGUGAUCUCCAAUGUGAUCUGUCCUUUUAUGUAACAGCCUCAAAUAGUUGUUGCUAAGGCUAUGAUUCGAUUGAGGGAAGGUGAGGGGAAGGAAAGGAAAGCAGAGGAAAUAAAAAAAAAAAACUUUUUUUUUGUUUGGUUUAUCAUUUACCUUUUAAUAAAAGAAAGUAAA